AUGAAGCAAACCACGGUGUCGCGAGAAACGCCGCCGUCGGACCCUUCAACCACGGCGUGCCCGCCCCAUUCAACGGACUCCCUAGAGGAGGACGACGAUUAUUACACUGCACCCCCACCGCACUCCCCAGCAUCAGCGUCGAGUUCCUCACCCGCAUAUCCUCCGCCAUUUUCGUCUCUUGUCUUCUCAUCACUUCCGGACACCAAUCGCCCAUAUAAAGUUACUGAACCUGGACCAGCUUGUCCUCCAGCCUUAGCGCCUCCAGCGCCUGUCGAGGAGUCGCUCGAGCCGGCCCCAUCUUCGGCAGUUGCUGACACAAAAGCGUCUUUCACUGAACCAAAAAACGAAGGCUCGUCCGACGACGGUGAACCACCACCGCCAUACACAGAAGGCUAUAGUCCACUUGAGUCAUUCACCUACGUGAUGGCUGCUGCAGGAGGCGCCUCCAGUAUCAUAACCCAGGUUCAGCAGACCGGGGGGCCGCCAAUUAACACUCUUGGUGACAUCGGUGGGGAUGAACACGUCGGUCUUGACCUCCGUGGUACGCGGUUCACCCUUUCGCGAGAUGAGCUGUUGACUUUGCCUGAAUUCGUUCUGCUCUCUCUUUUCCCCAAUGGCCUCCUCCCAGAUGGACAUGCCACAAAUGGUUUCCAUGACGGGGAUGUAUUCCCGGUUGACUAUGAUCCGGUCUCACUUCAGUACAUGCUGGAUUUCUUCCGAACUGUUGCCCAAACCAUCCCUUCAUCUCUGCCUUCCGGCUCAAACUCACCAGACAUGGAAAUGUCGGAUCCCAUGCAGGGAUCAGCCCGUGACAUGCUCCAGGACCGUGCUGGCAUCAUUGUCCUCCGAGAGGAUCUCGACUUCUAUGUCAUUCCCCCUCGCGCCGACAUUGGGCACGAUGAAAUGCUUGAAGUCAAGCGGGGGGCGGGUAGGUCGUUGUUGAAACAGGAUGGCAUCUUUUCUGGACUCCGCAAGAGCGAGGAGAUUGGAUCAACCGAACAGCAUCUUAUUGAAAUGCUGACAGCCGGUCUUGCACUGGCCAAACUCCGCACCGAUAUCCGCGGAGACCUGUCGAACAACAAUUCCGUGGGGAUGGCCCAGAAGCUUCUCUUGUUUUGGCGCAAACCUGCCCGCCGCUGCUGGUGGGAGGGCAUUGAGCUGCACGACGUCGAGGGCGUCGAGGGGCCAGUAAAGGUCUGGAUCCGGCGUGUGUGGACCUUGGAGAUGAGUGUUAUUGGGCUCCGCUGA